CGUCUCGUCUGUCUGGCUUCCUCAUAAAGUGUCCAACAUUGUGGAAGAAGCAUGUCACAGUAAUUUCUCUACAAUAUUUUGUUGAAAUCCUUUCCCAAAAUGCCUGUGCUGUUAAGAGUGAGUGCUCGUUUUUUAAAGCAUACAGAUGCUGUUAAAUAUACAACUCAGCAUCGUUGUUUAAGUGCUUUUAGUAAAAACACAGAUUUUUUACUACCUGUCAAAAAUGUCAGUGUUUUUCAACGCGAUUUAAGCAGUCAAGAAGUCACAAAGAAUAUUCAGUUGUUCAGUAAUGAUAAGGUGCAGAUUGAUAAGGAUUUGAAGUUGGAACAGCCUUUGGAACGUCCUUUAGUGGUUUUACUAACAUGGCUUAUGGCUAAACAGAAACACAUUAUGAAAUUUGCUGAUAUAUACAACGACCAUGGUUUUGAUGUCUUGAACGUUUCCAUAAACCCUUGGCAACUACUCUGGCCAGCGAAAGGUACACAAUUGGUAUCCCGAGACGUUUUAAAGUUCCUUUACCACAACACGACCUACAAUCCUGUGUUGCUACAUGGAUUUUCAGUAGGAGGUUACGUGUGGGGCGAAUGCUUAGUACACAUAUCUCAAAACCCUAAACUAUACAACCCUUUGCUUCAGCGUAUAGCCGGACAGAUAUGGGACAGUGCUGCGGAUAUAACUGAGAUACCCAUCGGUACCCCCAAGGCCGUAUUCCCUAAAAACAAAGUACUACAAACAGCUUUACGCAAAUACAUGAUUUACCAUCUCAAAACCUUCCACGACGUUGCUACGUCCCAUUACAUUCGUGCAAGUCAAAUGUUCCACAGCACUUUAGUACGAUCCCCAGCUUUAUUCCUUUUAUCCAAGACGGACCCCAUAGGGCCUGUUAGUUCUAAUCAGCGAGUGAAAGAAGCUUGGGAAGGUUUGGGGAUCAAGUGUUACUGGAAAUGCUGGGACAGGUCUCCCCAUGUUGGACACUUUCAUAAACAUCCCAAGGAGUACACGCAGGAAUUGAAUAGCUUUUUGGAGUCGAUAGGAUUGAUUAAUGAGGCGCAGAAGAUGAGGGCUCAAAUGCAGAAUUGAAAAGGAUCGAAGGAAUGGAUUGAGGGACAGUGAUUGUGGUUUUCGAGCCUGUGAUAAUGUAUGCUGGAAAUUGUGAGGCUAUUAGAAGGAUUGUGAGUUUGAAUCAUUAGUUUGCUGAGGGACGAUAAAAAGUAACUAAAAGUA